AACCCCUGAUACAUCACCAUUGAGCAUGGCUUCAAACUUCGAGGUCGACGUUCGUCUGUUAGUUCAGACAGAAGCAAUUUCCUGGCUACUCCGCUUCGUCUCAAGCUGUGACCUGCACCCAAGCGUCGUUGUUGGAGCAAGCUUUUGCGAAGUCCGAAGUUCGAGAUGAGUGGAAUGCUGGGGGUGUUUUCGACAGUUCAGAUGGAAGCCAGACGACUCGCAGCAGAUAUAAUGCUAUCAAACCUCACCAGAUUCCUCUCUCUAUCGUUUCUAUUCAGCAUCAGCAUUCAGUCUUCUCUUCUAUCUACAUUCUCUUCAGCUUGAUUUCGGUUGAUCCGUCACCUUCUUUUAUACUUCACAUUCCUUCCACAACAUUUAUUGCCUCUUUUUCACUCUCUUUCCAAACAACCUCAAUUUCUCUCACAAGAAAACUACCUCAUCAUCAAACAUUACCCAAAAUGUUUACUCAAGCAUUCCUCCUCGCUCUUGCAGCCGCUUCGGUGGUCAACGCCCAUGGCAGGAUGGACGUCCUCACUGGUGAUCUCGGCGGAAACGGCACUGCUUUGGGAGUAAAAGGUGCAGUGAUCCCAGGUGGUGGAGCCAACUACGAGACCGAGCCAGACACCACCAUUUUCUGGUCCAAGGAUAUCGCAACCGAUGAUGAUGAUGGAUUUACCGACAGCUCCAAUGGAAAUCUCUCCCCCAGCAAAGAUUUGGCCGCUGCCAUGGCUCUUUCCGGCAGCACUCUUCCUCAGGUCAGCGACGGCGGGUCUAUCACCGGCAACUGGCACGUCGUUACUGAUGAUGGCUGCGGCCCUCUCCAAGCCCUCAUCGAUUCGACCGCCAGUUCAGCCUGGUCCACGGCCGCAGACGCAACAGUGACUACCGACAUGCCAGGCGAUGCCGGCAACUGCGUCGACUUGGACUCAGGCGAUGACGAGACUGUAGAAGCAGAGAACGAAACGAUCUCCUCCCGUGCACGCCGCGCCCUGGUUAAGAUGGGUCUCAUGAAGCGCGCCAAGAACGUCAAUAAGUCCUUUUCCUUCAAAGUUGCCGUUCCCGCAGGCACCUCCUGCACGGGAACCGUUAACGGUAUCUCCAACCUCUGCCAAGUCAAGGUCUCCAACAACAACGCCAAUGGACCCUUCGGCGGCACCUUCCUCGUGCAGAUGGGAUCCAAUUCUACUUCCAAGCGCCUCACGCGGUCUGCCAAGUUCCUUGCUUAGAUGCAAGAACUUGACGCAACCUUGCGCGCUUGCAUCCUGGAGAUUGAUGAGCGGGGAGAGGAAAUUGCGGGAUGGUGGGGUAUCUCUUGGUUAGAAGCGAGCUGGUUGCUAUUGUAUAGUAUAUUCUUGGUCUG